AUGGCAGAGUCGACACAGCAUUUCUUAGAUAAAAUUCAAGACAUUGCUGCUGGACCUCAAAUUCUUCAACAAGUACUUCCACCUCAGCAACCACAACCCCAAGUAUUAGUACAGGCUAAAACUGUCGUUCCACUAUUAAUGCAACAGAACAAAGAGGCAGAAGUACCUGGGAAUUUGCGUAGCGACGAAUUACAACAAUUAGAAUCAUUUAAAAAACAUUUGACUGACUAUGAAGAAUGUAAAGAAGAUGUGCACAAAUACUGCUUCCGUCCUGGACUUGAUCUCAAAAGCGACAUGGCAGUGUUGGAAUGUCUUCAGAAUGUAAAACUGAGUGAAACGGAACUUCUAACGGCUCCAUGUGAGCAUGUCGUUUGGAAUUUUAAAGUAAAUUUAACACAAGAUAGUCAGUUUCGACUUGCAUCCAAAAUUUUUUGCAAAGAUGAAAUUGCAGUUAAUUCCAAUUUAGCAAAAUGUACCGAAAAAACAGAACCUGGUUAUUCACUUUCUUGUUUUAUGGAUUUCAUUUUAAGUCUGCCGAAAGAAUCGAGGUGCUUCCAAUUUUUGGACCGCUCUGCUAGGCUUGCAUUUUCGGAUUUCCGUGUCGUUGGUCCAUUUGUAGCAGUAUGUAAAAGCACAAUAGAAAGAUUACAAUGUGGAACACUGGCCCGACCAUCUUCUGAUGCUAAGUUUCGAGUUCCACAUUCACAAGGUUAUACAUUGGAAUGUUUGAUAAGCAAAAUGUAUCAGGCACAUGAGAAGGAUCCAAAGCCAGCUGUAGAUCCGGCUUGUAGGCAUGAAAUUAUGCGGAUUGCUGAAUUGCAGACAGAAGAUUUCCACCUUGAUAGACCCCUGUAUUUUGCAUGUCGAGAAGAUCGAGAGAAAUUUUGCAAAGAAGUACAAUCAGGUCAAGGCAAAGUGCUUGAAUGCUUACUUAAUCAUCGCACAGACUCAAUGAUGGAACCAGAAUGUUCAACAUUGUUAGCAGAACGAGCAAACAUGAUGGGACAAAAUUAUCGCUUGUUGCAUCCAUUACUAAAUGGAUGUUCUACAGAAUUGAAAGAAUUUAGAUGCGCACCUUCAGCUUUAUUCUCUGGAUCUCCAAAUUUUCAUUUAAGUUGGGUCCUGUUGUGCUUAGAAGAUGCAGCUCAUAGUAAACCUGGAAAGAUCACGGAAAAGUGCCAGCACGAAAUGAUCUCACAUCGUAAAAUGAUGAUGAGCGAGUUUCGAUUAAGCCCAGAAGUUGUUUUAACUUGCGGCAGAGAUAUUGAUAUGUUCUGUAGUCCGAGAGGAGACAUUGAAGCAGAAGGUCGAACUCUUCAUUGUUUGAUGAAUCAUGCACAAGAAAGAAAUGAAAAUCAGAAGCUUAGUCCACAGUGUAUACAAGCUUUGCAAACUGUAGUAAAAGUUGCAGACAUUGGUACAAAUUAUAAAGUGGAUGAAGUGUUGUAUGCUAGCUGCAAAAAACUGAUAGAUGGUCCAUGUGCGAUGGAUGCGCAAUCAGAAGCGAGCACUCUAGGUUGCUUAAUGAGACAUAUGGAUAUAGAUAUGCCAAAACAUUGUGAACAGCGGUUGCUGGAGGUUCAGUAUUUUAUCGCACGUGAUUGGACCUUGGACCCACAGUUGUAUACUGCUUGUCAUGAAGAUGCUGUCUCUAAAUGUUCGGCUAAUGCAAAUUGGCAUAAGCAGCAGUCUAAUCAAGAAGGACCUGAUCCGGGACCAUUUGUUCUUGCUUGUCUUUACCGUGCUGCUUACAACGAUCAGAAUCCUCUCAAACCUGAAUGUGCUGCGAAUGUGCGUCGUGUAUUGCGCACUCGUGCAGUACGUGUGAAUCUCAUACCAGAUAUUGAGUCUUCAUGUCGAGAAGCUUUAUCAGAAUAUUGUUCAGCUGAUGUUAAACCAUUGCAAGAAAUGAAGUGUUUGCAAGAACAUUUCCAAGAAGAAGAAUUUAAAAAAAAAUUUGGAGAAUGCUCUGUCAUUAUAACUGAUUACACAAAGAUGAUGGCUAAAGAUACAGCUCUUAAUCAAGCUCUCACAAAAGCUUGUCAUCCUGUGAUUUCAAAAUAUUGUCAGGUUGUUUUCACCAAGUUAAUUGUUAUUAGAGUGUUUCUAAUGUUGUGGUAAUA